CUGAGCUGAAACGUGUGUACAGCGGAAGCUGCCGGUGGCUGCGUGAGAGCUGAAUGAUGCGUUGAACUGACUGCGAUUGGUGCUGAUGGUAAACAGCCGCUAGCCGUGAAGCUAACGGUUCAGCCCGCUUUAUUCUGCGCUGUCAGCUCGAGCGCUGCAAACAUCACGUCCGCUCCGUUUACCUCACCUUCAUUCACCGAUUAUGUGGCGCUUUGUCGUUAGAUUAUCGAAUAAAUAUGUAUUUAUAGGCAUGGGAAACAUUUAAGCACUUAAAUAUUGUGAUAAAAAUAAGAGCACAACGGGUCAUUCUCAAGGCCACGGAUGGAACCGGCGCGGCAGCGUGAGAAUCCCCCCGGAUCCGGGGAAGCCGAGUCAGGGGAGUGGAGAGAAGAGGCCACCGGGGUGGAGGCUGCAGAGAGAGACGCGACCCCGAAAAACAGGAGCGGGGAUGGAGGAAACGAAGCUGUGAAGAACACGCAGGAGAAUAGCGAAACGGCAGCGAAAGAAAAAGAAGAGUACGAGGAAGAUGAAGAGCAAUAUGAGGAAGAGCUGGACCCCAGGAUUCAGGAGGAGCUGGAACACUUGAACCAGGCCAGUGAUGAGAUCAACAGACUGGAACUACAGCUGGAUGAGGCGAGAUCCAGCUACAGGAGGAUUCUGACAGACUCUGCACGGAAGCUCAACGCUCAGGGCUCUCAGUUGGGAGCCUGCAUCGAGAAAGCCAGGCCAUACUAUGAAGCCCGUCGACUGGCUAAAGAGGCUCAACAGGAGACCCAGAAGGCGGCGCUGAGGUACGAGCGAGCCGUCUCCAUGCACACGGCUGCAAGAGAGAUGGUUUAUGUAGCUGAGCAAGGUUUAUUGGCUGACAGGAACACAUUGGAUCCUACCUGGCAGGAGAUGCUAAACCACGCCACGGCCAAGGUGAAUGAAGCUGAAGAGGAGCGCUUGAGGAGCGAGAGGGAGCACCAGCGCGUCACUCAGAACUGUCAGGAGGCGGAGGCGCGUGUGCAGACCUUGCAAAAAGCUCUCAAGAGGGUCAUUAUCAAGUCCAAGCCUUACUUUGAGCUCAAAGCUCAGUUCAACCACAUCUUAGAGGAGCACAAGUCCAAAGUCGUCCAGUUGGAGGUACGGGUGGCAAAGGUGAAGACCAGAUAUUCCAUCGCCCUCCGCAACCUCGAGCAAAUCAGCGAGCAGAUCCACGCACAACGGGGCCGCAUCCGUGCCACCAGAGAGCGCAACAGAACUCGUGGGGGACGGAGCUCUCCCAUCGGGGCGGAGUCCGAAGGUGUUAUCCAGGCAGGGGCAUAUGGGGGUGUGGUGGCCAAUCCUUUAAUGGAUAACGAUUGGGCAGAUCAAGAGAAGACCAGGCAGUGGGUGGAGAAACACAGGGAGGCAGGGUGGGGCCACAGAGAGCGGACAGAGAGGGCGGGGUCAGACUCCAUGUCCGUCAUUAGCCUGCAGACCAUCGCCUCUGACCUAGAGAAGUUCGAUUCUGUGGAGCACCUGGGCGACAUGAGUGAUGUCGGGAGUAUUAUAGGAGAGGAGAGAGAUGCGGAGAGCGAGAGAGGAUUUAAGGCUGAAGAUAGAAAGAUAGUUACAAGAGAGGCGGCGAAUAUCUCGAGGCAGGACAGAGGCAGUGACGCAGAGAAUGAAGCCUCAGGGACAGAUAGACAGCAGAGGGAUAAAGAGAGAGAGAGCUUUCUGAAGCAGCACCACAGAAGUAUUAGUUUGUGAGAAAACAAAGAGAAAUUAGAGUUGUUUGGUAAUCCACCUCAGUCCCGGAGAGCUAAACCUUGCCCGCGGGCUUCAACACAAGCCUCUCGACUGACUACAAAUCAAAAAGACCUUCAACAACAACAGUUACUUUAAGGUGAAGUGUGUAAUUUCUGCGCCAUGAGAUGGAAUUUCCGAAUAUAAGGGCCAAACACUCACGCCAUCGGAUAGCCCCGCCCCUGAUGCCAUUGGUUGUGCCAAUUUUGCUUCGUCAGAUUUGAAAACGUCACAUGACACUUUUUUUUUUAAAUUCAAAUCACGGUGGAAGAUCUCAGAUUUUAGCAUUAUGCAUGGAAAAAAAUUACAUACUUCAUCCUUAACGCCAUAGUUACUGCUGCUUUAGUCAAGGAUGGUGACUAAGAUUCCGAAGUGAUUUUGAAAUAAUUUUAAGAUGUAAGCAAUAGAGUCAUCGAGAGUUUAUUAAUACUGUUACACUGAUUGAAUUGGCAUUAUUGUAAUACUGCACUAUAGCAGAGGGGUCUGAAUGUUCUCUGCAAAUUAAUUAAUGGGGGGGUACAUCUCGCUCUCUGAUCUUUCAACAUCUCGGUCAAGCUGUUAAAAAAAAGAGAAUGAUUUUAAGAAUAGUCUAAAAACAUGAACUUAAAAAAUUCAAAGCUGCUUGUAAGAGAUCCAGUGCAUUGAGAAUUUCUUCUUUGGUGUACUUGUGAAACCUGCUUAUGUGCGUGAAUUCAGAGCCAUUCAGACAAACUCACAUUUUUUGUCUCAUAGUAUUAAUAUUUCUGUUGAUAUUCAUGAUGAUUCCCACCUCCAGAUUCCCUCAGCCGGAUAUCUGGAAUAAUGUUUUGGCUUAGAUGUAGACUGUACAUCAUGGAUAUUCUUGUGAGGUGUUUACCAUUUUAAAAAUAUUAUUUUUUAAUGGGUGUUUUCACACUUGGUCAAUUUCAGGGGUCUGAGAGCUGUUUGAGAGUUUUGGCUUUUAUGUAAUGCUCAAAAAUCAAUAUUGGACAUUUUUAAGCAAACGAAAUUGAAGUGAUUUGGGGGCAUGAACUAACUUCAGUUUCUUUUUAAGCAUGUUUAUGCUGUGUGAAUAGAAAUUUAUAUAGUUGAUGUUGGCACACAGUGACGCUGUGGUGAUAAGCCGGUUAUUUUUGUGUGAGAAAAACAAAGAAUCAUAUACACAGAGUAUGAGCAAUGUCAUAGUUUUUUUGUGAAAAUGGGAGCUUAUGGGAAUAACUAGCUUGCCUUUUAAUGUUUUGUCAAAGUAAAGAAAUGAACAUUUACACAUUUUGCAGACGCUUUUGUCCAAAGUAAACCGUGCAUUCAAUGUAUACAUUUUUCAGAAUGUCAAAGGUCCAAUCUGUAGUUUUUUGGAGGAAAGAAAUGCAAUAUAAGGAGAGGUGUAUAAAGACCUUACAUAAUAAAGCGUUAUGUUUUAUUACUUAAGAAUGAGCUAUUUCUAUCUACAUACACCACGGGUCCCCUUACAUGGAAUCCGCCAUGUUGUUUCUACAGUAGCCCUAAACGGACAAACUGCUCUACAGAGCGUGUUUCAUUUAUACGUUAUCUUAUUCGACAAAGAAGCAAAAAACGCGACGACUUAGUUCUGUGUCAGCCACCGUAGUGCUUCGAAAGGAAGGGGUGGAGUGAACCGUUGGUUGCAAUUCACAACCUCACCGCUAGAUGCUGCUAAAUUUCAUACACUGGGCCUUUAACCCAAAGGGGAUAGUUUCUGAUAGUAUGAGAGAAUAUACUGUAGUGGUCUAGGUUACAAGGAACAAAAGUGUGCAUGAUAAGUGAACAGAUCAAAACUGGAUUCAUUUCUCAGUUUGUAAGUCAAGUGUGAAAACACCCAAUGAUAUUCUUUAGCUAUACAUGAAUCGUCCGGGUACGAGUUAAUGAGGGUUUUGUCUCACCUGAGAAAUGUUUACAAGUGUGUCUAUCCUACUGGAUUUGUAAAAUAACACGUAAAAACAUUGAGAAACUGAAUGACACCGAAGUGUGCUCGAUGAAAUUUUGUUUUGCACAUACACUGUACACUCUAGAUUCAUGUAAAAUGCUAGCUGUUUGAACAAACCGUGCUUUUGGUAGUACAGUAUUGUCUCCAAGUUUACAUCAUGCUCUUCUUUGCCAGUUUUUUUUAUUGUUGUAGCUUUGUUUACCACACACCCUGUAAAUUCAUCCUGUAUUCACCGUCUCCUCUUCUGUACAGAUUUCAUCUCAGAAUGUCCUCAUAGUAAAUAGAAGAUGCUCUAUAGAGUUAUUCCAGUAUGCUGCUGUUCCAUGCAUUAGGUCACAUGAAAUCUAUGCAUAUACUAGCUGAUGUAUAAUAAAUACAAAUAACCCUUACGUGACUGAUAAGGUAUUCUUUAAAUGUUAAUUUAUUGCACAGUAAGAGAUAUUAAAACUUGAAUUUACCAAC